ACACACAGUCUGAGACUGAGAGGGGGAGAGUCCGGGAAAGCAGAGAGUUAAGAGUCGAGAGGAAGCGCAGGGAUUGAGAGGAAGAGGAGGAGAGAGCAGGAAAGGCAGAGUAGGGACUUCAGAAAAUGGUCAGAUGUUAGUGAUGCUUUGAUUGUCAUUACCAGUCCCGGAACUGAAAGACGCGGAACGUUGAUCGUGGCGCGAGCGGGAGGGCGGACCAGGCGCUGCUGCUCACCAGAGACACUUCCGGUACCAUCAGCUGCACCGGCGGAGCAGACAGUGAAUAUCACAACCCGUCAAUCAAUCAAACUAACAGCCCCGUCACUAACUGGAACAAAUGAAUGGCAAGAGGACCCUUGUUGUUGCUUCAAUAGUAUAUCUUCAUGACACUUGUUUUCUGUAUCCAGCUUGUGAGACUUGCAGCUCCAGGUUAAUUUUGAACAACAGAAGAGCACAAUGCCCAAAAUGUGGCUGUAAAUCUGAAGUACAGAAUGUUAAUUAUCAGUACAGACUUUCCUUAAAAGUCACAGAGAAAAGUGACCUGUUUGAUAUUACCGUCUUUGGGAGCUGCCUUGAUCCUUACUUUGGUACAGCAGCAGAAUCUCUGCAGAGUUACUCUGAAGACCUAAAGAAGGAAUUACAAGAGUUAGAGAGAUCAAGGAUUCAAAGCCUUUUGGUUCAGGCCGUGGAAGAUUGCUUUGUUGGGAGAAGCUUUAUUUUUGGUGUGAAGGCAUCUAAAUCUCAUGUUGGAUUGGUAUCGUUUUCUCAAAGCCUCUUACAAACUACAACCUGCAAGUUUAAAUACAAAAAACAGUUCAUAGCCCAUCAAAUUGCAGUUCCAAACACUGCAGUCUUUGGAUGUACAGUGAUUAGUUAUUACAAGAAGCUCCUGCAGUCGUCUAAUCUCAAAGAUUUGCUCCCCAGCUCACAGCUAUCUGAUACUCCUUCAAGUACUGGUAACCAGCCUAGUGUUGAGAUCAGCAGCUCGACAAACUCGAGCUCUAGUAACAGUCAGUUCUACACUCAGUCAUGUAGCGAUGGCCAGUUUUCAGGUUACUGGCAGCAGCCUUUUGCACUUACUUCCUCCUCUGUUGAUUGCAUUAGAGUUGAAGAUUUUUCAGCAGCAGAAAUUAUCUGUAGUGCAAAGAGGAACAGCAUGUCUGCUGAGAAUACAGUGGAAGUAGCGCAGACUUCUGAGUGUGAUAAACAUUGUUUGUCGGCUUUUAUUUCUCCCCCUCAAAAUAAUUGUGUCAGUGUCUCCACAACAGAUGUAAUGAGAAGUCACUCCCUUAAUUUAGAAGUACAAAGAUUUUCUGAUGAAGAACGUGCAAACCAGAUUUACAAUGUUGGCUUUGAUAAGUUACAGGACAGUUUCAAUGCAAGCUUCACUAAUACCCAAAGACGUUCGGAUAUGUCUGGGGACUAUUUGUCUGAUGGUAGAGACAGUAAUGCAUUUCAGACUGCUAUUAAAUCUUGCAGCAAACUAUUAGAAAAGAGUCUGGAUUGUGACAAUACUGUGUCAUGGGAUGACUUGCCAUUUUCAGAAAGCUUAAGUGAAUUUAUAGCAAAGGUGGAAGAAAAGCAGCAAGAAUGUAAGGAGACAGCUGUAGAGCUCACCAAUGAGAUCAUUGCUGAUGGUUCAGUACAUUUCAACAGUUUGAAAAGACUGGAAACCGAUACAGCUCAGAGCAUCACUCAAAGGCAAGAUAUAAGUUCUGCAGAAACAAACACCGAUUUUGAUAAAUGUCUUUUAUUGGGAUCCAGAAAAAGUGAAGAUAAAAAAAAAAUCUCCGAUGGCAAUUCUAAAACCACAGAGGCUGCUGUGGAUAGGUUACCACAUGUUUAUAGUUGCAAACGUGCUGACAUUGUAGGAAAGGAGGUUCCUCUCAUAGUCAUAUCAUCCCUGUUGCUAGAGGAUGACUCAGCUUCUUAUGAUGUGCUCAAGGCUGGUCCAGAGACGAUGGUUUGGCAGGUUGGUUCUGCCUGCAUCAGCAAUUUAAGUGCAGGCAGCAGUAACGCCCAACCUGUUCAGACACGUAGAUCAAAGUCAACAAACCUUCAACAGGCAUGUAGUGUUUUGAAUCAGCUUCCUGAAGUUCAUACCUCUACAGAUAACGAAUCCAGUAAUGUUGCAACAGGAUGUUAUUUGAAAAAUGUUGUUUUUCAAACGCCACCAACUUCUGCCAAGCAGCUACCAGAAAGAAAGAAAAUAUUUCAUUUGGGCUUUCAAGAUGAAAAGCGCAUUAAACAACAGGAAUUUGGUAAAUGGGAGAGGGAUUCCACAGCUGGAUCUGAUCAACCGUCAUCAUUUUUUAACAUAGAAAAACCCUUAUUGCAGAGCUUUUGUACCAGUCCUACCAAACAAGAGUACAAUGUAUCUGCGGAUCUCUUCAAUAACAGUAGCUCCUGCCUUGUGCACAAUAAAGAUCAAUUGUUAGUAUGUUUGCAAACAAACCAGUGCAUUUUGGCAAAAUCAGAAGUCGAAUUUCAAACAUUUAAUAAGAGUGAAUGCAAGCCCCAAAACCAAUGUAAGAUUUCCCCAUCUUGUUCUGAAAGGCUUACUAAUUUUGUGCGAAACCAGGACAACAAUAGUUCUCCAGAGAAUGAUUCACAAAACGUGUUGGAACAGGAUUUUUCAGACUCGCAGGACUUUGUUCCGUUUUCUCAGUCGACUCCUGUCUCAAGAUUUCAGCGGUUAAAUUCCUUGCGGGGGAAGGAAAAUAAAGAUCUCAGGAUAACAUCCCACAUUCAGCUAAGUUCAACCCCAGUCUCUUUUGGACAAAAAACAAUAGGCUUAUUUAAAAACAAUGUACUAAGGCAGCAAUCACCUCAAACUCUAAAGAUGUUGCAGCAGCAAUCCUCAAGCAAUCAAAUCACAUUUCUUUCAUCAAAUUCCCAUUUUUUAAGCGACAGCCCAAGAAGCAAAUCUUAUGAAAGUGACUGUGAUGAAUGGAUUCCACCGUCAACAACGAAACCCCAGGUGAUGUCACCUCAUUUAUCUUCAUGUGUUCUCAAUAUUCACAAAUCUCGAGGUAUUAAAUUGUUUACAAGUUCACACUCUCCUACUGCUACUAUGGAAACUGCUGACUCAAAGGCUAUAACAGAGAACAACAAAGAGAAUGGCAUUAGCAAGCAAUACAAGGUGAACCUAAACACGAAAAGGCGAUUGACAGGAAAGGACAUCAAACCAACCCCGGCAAUCACAGUCACACCACCAAAGUUUUUUCAGACCAAAACUGACGAAUUUGGGACACUAAAGAAAUCUUUGAAGUUAAAUGACUGGGCUCCAACUGGUUUUGCUGUUGCUCCUUCGUUGUGCAUCAAAGAUAACCCGGCAAGUUGUUGCUCACCAGAGUUAUUUACAGCAAGUGCAGAGCUUUUUGAAGAGGAAUAUCUUUAAAGAUUUCUUAUCAGGUGCUAAAUAAAAGAAACAAUUUUUGGGGGGUUGUUCAGGCAUUACUUUAAACUACUUUGGACUUUUGUUAUAAAUAUGGUAAAUUAGUUGUUUAUUCUGUACAUAACAGUUUUAAGUCAUACUGGUUAAUAAUGUAUAUGAAGAUUUUUUAGAGACUCAUGAUAAAGGAGCUUUAUUAUUGAAA